UUCUUUGUAGCACUCCCUGGUGUGUACUAUCUGUGCUUGAAAAAUGAUGUGAGUGAUUUGCCAUCCUGACUGUCAGGCAGAUGGACCUGCCUGCUGUCACCAGUGCCAGUGCCAGUGGUCACCACUGCCACUACUGUCUGAUCAUAAUCAUUCUCGAGCUCCAGCCAGUCCAGGUCUAGUUGGUUGUAGAUAUGCGGUGUCAAUUCCAGAUCGUAAUAACAACCCACACUCUUUAGUUCACGAAUCACUCACCGUCACUCCAGCCAGGGGGUCGUAUAAGCCUCCCCUGCUCAUGUAAUGCAGGCAAUCCCAACUCCAGUCGGGGCAUCAGUUGACCGCCAUCGCGUUCACAGCAGUGCAGUACUGCCCUGUUUCAAGUAAUAGUUUCCUUUGCUUUGCAAUUAUUUGAAAGGCAGGAUAGCAGAACUUGAGAAGACUGAAUGUCAUGUAGUUUGUAUACGGUUCAUCGUACAUGAUUGUAAUAGACUACACAGUACUCGUACGUCCCACAUUUUCGGCAUGCCAACUUGUACAAACUAGUAAAUGGACACGACUGUCCUUGUCAACAGGUUCGAAGGAUUGAUCAAAGAAGGGUCUCUUGUUUCCUUCAGAUGAGGUGAAUAUCAUUGCCCUUCACACAGUUGAUAGAUAGCGACCAACGAAUGGACACUCAGUGAAGAUUGUUCUCAACCGCGGAGGUCAUGGCAGAAUCAGAAACAACAAUAUCGGUGUUGGAUUCUGCUCCAACAGCAGCUGCGCCAGGAGAUGAGAGCGGGUCUCUUGCAACUUCUGACAGUGCAGCCUGCAUGUUUGAAGCUAGCAGUUCACAAGCUAAAUACAAUGAGGACAGUGAGUCGUAUGACAAUGAUGAUGACAAUGAUGAUGACAAUGAUGAUGACAGUGAUGAUGAUGACAGUGAUGAUGAUGAUGAUGAUGACGAUGACGAUGAUGAUACAUCGUCCAGUGACGACGACUGCAAUACAGGCUUCCCAGACACGUCUGAGAGUGACGACGAUGAUGAUGCCAGCAGCCUGCCACGUCAGUCAAGAUCGCCCGUCUUCAGCCGAUUCGAUGAAAGUGUUAUGCGAGAGCGCUACAUCGAGACGAUAGAAGAGGUUUGUGAAUGCGAGCACAGCCACUGUCACCUCUGGAAGGAGAGGGCCGUUUCGGAAGCUGUCAAAGACAAAGAGGAAGAUAUGGAGUUCACCAUCAGUGAACUGAAAAGAAGAUUGGAGGAAGUCGAAAAGCAAGUAAAACGGAAAGACUGCCUUCUGGGAGAGCGAGUUCUCUCCCAGAAGAGGCUUGAGCGACAAGUUGACAAUCUCAAAUCAGAGCUGGGAAAGUUGAAGAGUUUAUCACCUAGCGCCCUGUCUUCGCCAUCAGCUUCUUGCCUAUCUCUAUCAUGCCUCAGUGCUAUGGAGCGUGACACAGAACAAGCGACCAAUGAUGAGUUACUGCACGUUGCCUCCGAAUGCACUAGCAGUGGUGAGCCAACAGACAGUAGCAUUGACCUUUCUACCUUGAAGCAAGAGAGGCAGCAGUUGAGUUUGAAACUGCAGCUUCAGAAACUCGCUUUAGAGUCUAGCUCGGCCAGCAUUCAGCAGCUGCAGUCGUCCAAUGCGGAGUUUGAGCGGAAAUUAAACGAUGCGUGUGCUGAGUUAGAGGGGCUGAAGCAAGAAGCCCGACUUGCGUCAAACGAGCAUCAGACGGUGCAUGAUGAUGCCUGUGGGUUACCGACGAAGGUGGGAAGCAGUGAUGCUGAGACCCAAUGCCAACCGACAGCAUGCAUCCAAUGUGAUCAUAGUCGACAUCUGCUGGUGACUGAACAGACGCAAGCUUUCGAGGCUGUUUCAGACAUUCUUCGAAUGAUGCAAGAUGGUGACAGUGCUGAGUGUGAAGUGCUUAUAGCUAAGCUACACUGCAAUCUGGCUACCAAACUUCAAACAUCACCGCCCCCUCCGCCCCCUGUAUCACCUAUAGUAGCUAGCACCAGUCCAUGUGUACGAUGUCGGCAAGCACUGGUAACAGUAACCGCAGUAGAGAAUGGAUUUCAUUGUGACAGGCCAGCCUCUGGGGAGACCGUUGCUACAAAGCAAACAUCUCUGCUGGAGUCUAUACUGAGUAAGGACUCGGCCAUCUUUGAAGAGGAGCGCUCGCUUGCAAAGGCUAACAAGCAGCAGUCCGGUGUCUUACUCACAUUGCGACGAGAAAAGGAGGACUUACUGCUUCAGUUACGACAGCUUGUUACAAGGCAUGCAGCGCCUUCGCCGUCAAAUAGUCCCAUAGCAGUUAGGACUUCCAAGUCUAGAACCCUAGCUGCUGAUGCUGCAAUGUCACCUGAGGCGAUCGCAGCCAAGGUCAAAUCUUUACAGUCUAGUCGGCAAUUUCUCCUCGACACUAUCAAGUCAUCUCUGGACACCCUUGCAGCCAGUAAACCGUCAACCCAAGCAGCACAGGCGCACCACCACGAUGAGAAGAUGGCAGAGGAGCUCCUUGAUACGCUGGAAGAUGAGGAGAGAAAGCUUGAUGCUGUACAGGUGUACAGCCAAUCUCUAAGCAAGCUAUCUACUGGUGUGAAUUGAGAGAGAGACUGGUGAGAGACAGAGAGAGACUGGCGAGAGACUGAGAGAUGUACUACUGAUACACACCAGAGUAAGGCAGGUCACUCCGUGCAUGGUGCAUGGGGUUUGUCUCGCUGGUGUGGAGUGGCGUUGUCAUUGGCGAGUUUACUAAAUGUUGCGCUUGCCGCCCAGCUAUUUUGUUACUCCCUGAAACUGUUUGAAUACUACCUUAACCUCGGUGGCUGUUUAACCUGAGUGUUGUGCAACAUGUUUUACUCAUCCUUGGUCUCAAGUUGAACCUGGCUGGACCAGUAUGCUGUCGCUGUUCUGGUUGCUGGAGUUCAGUGGGCGGGCAUCAUUCUAUGCCGGCGUACAGACAUUCUAUGCCGGCGUACAGACAUUCUAUGCCGGCGUACAGACCUGCACUACACUGUACUACACUGUACUACACUGUACUACAUCAUGUCUACAAUGCCAGUGUACCUACACGGUAAGAUUCUGACCAUUGCCUAAUGUUGCAUGGACACACACACACACACACACACACACACACACACACACACAUACACACACACACACACACACACACACACACACACACACACACCCCUAGAGGCUGUAGUCAAACCUGUUUUAUCAGUCAGUGCCACUUUUAAGAAUAUUUUUGGGGCUAUCUAUUUUUUAAUUCUCUUUUUUUAACACAUGCCGACUAUCCGCAUCAUUUCUAUAACACGUGAUGAUUUAAACCUGGCCUAUUUCUAUAAGUCAAUAACGAUUGAAACCUGGCCUAUUCUGAAACCACAUUCAUUUUUAGCGAUCUUUCAUUGCUCACCGCUCAUUUUUAUGGUGAUUUUAGUUUUCUAUUUUUUUUAACUAACAAAGCUCUUUUUUUAACUGUGAUACGGGAACCUACGAUCAAUACUGUGGCCCAAUCACUGUUGUUCAGCUUGCUCACGCUGUUCAAGAUAUUUGAUUUUCCACUCUUGUUGUGGGCUAGUGUAAUUGCCAGCACCGUAAGGUGGUACAAGUACAUGAAUAAGGCUGUUGAACCCAGUGGCGCUUUCA